AGCGAAACAGACGCGUCGAACGUAACAUGGGGCAUAAUUUCGGAACGGAUCUAUCUCGAAAUUAUGCCGCGGCAUUGAAAGACGAUAUCGUUAUUCGAAACGUUGGACGGAGUCAGCACUUUUGUACGACAUAGUCGCGAUUGUCGACAAUAGAAUUGUUCGCAGACAUAACGCGAGCGAGCAAGCAUGUGGGUGUUUGGUUAUGGUUCUUUAAUAUGGAAAGCGGAUUUUCCGUACGAGAAAAAACUCGUCGGCCGCAUUAAAGGAUACGUCAGACGCUUCUACCAAAAAAGCACCGAUCACAGAGGAGUGCCUAGUAAGCCUGGACGAGUAGUAACAUUGCUUGCUUCUACAAAUCCUGACGAUGAAGUAUGGGGACUCGCAUACAAGAUAUCUUCCGAGAAUAUAGACAAUGUGGUGAAUCAUUUGGAUUUUCGAGAGAAGGGUGGUUACAAAAAGAAAACCGUCCUUUUUUAUCCCUGCGAUUUAUCAAAGUCUAUCCAAAGUGGCUCAAAUUCUGAUGUUUCUUCGAACAAUUUUUCAAAGACGAAUUUCUCGAUAGCGUCUUUAUCAACUAUCUCGGACGAAGCACCAUUCUACCUCACUAUCUACAUAGGCGAAGAAGAUAAUCCGAAUUACGCUGGUACGGAGAAUAUCGAUACCAUUGCAAGACAUAUACUCGAUUCUCGUGGUGUCAGCGGCUCUAACACGGAAUAUCUCUAUAAACUGGCAUCCGCGAUGCGUACAAUAGCUCCCGGUGUACAGGACGAACAUCUGUUUGCUUUGGAAAGAACUGUAAAGCAAUUGGAAGAAGAAAGAGAGGAAUCAUCGGAAUCGGAUGAAUUUCUAUAAAACAAUAGGUGCAAAUAUUGAAAUAGAAAAAUGUGGCCAAUUGCACUAGCAAUUAGUUAAUCUAUUAAUUUAAUUUUCUUUUUUCAAUUACAUUAUAGUUAAGAUUUAUGUAUCAAGUUAUAUUUAUGUGACUUGUAGGUCGUGAGUUUGAAACUAGUUUUGAAUUAACGAAUUGAAGACAUUGAUGCAGUUAGUCUGGAAGUAAAAAGACAAAAUAACCGAUAAUAGGAAAAUUAUCAUUUUUCUGUGCAGUUGCGCACACUAGUAUUUUUGGUAACCAAAAGUUAUAAAGAUAAUGAAAAAUUUAUCUUAUUUAUCAUCUAAGUAAUAAAAUAUAUUUUUUC